AUGAGGUAUAAAUUUUUAAAACCAAACAAAAGAGUGAUAUCAUACAAUAGAAAUUAAGUCUAAUAGAUGUUAAUAAUUUGUGUUCUGGCCAUUUUUGUAUCAUUAACAUUUCUUAUUCUUUCUUAAAGUAAUAAUUUAGAAUACAAUCCCAAUGAUUAUAUAGUAAUAAGGAAAAUAGAAAGAGAUAAUAAAGUACAUUUAGAAACUCAAGUAUCUGAGAUGAUUAUUAUUAAGGGAUUACAUUUUCUAAAUUGUUCAUAUCUUGUUGAAUCAUGUGGAUAGAAUGAGAAUUCAGAAAUUCAUUAUGUAAAUUUGGAAUUAUAAACAACAAUCAAAAAUAGAGUGAUUUUGGAUGAUAUUUAUUAAGUAUAAGGAGUAGAUGUAAUAGAUGGAAAAAUAUUUCAUUUAACAAGAAGGGAGAAAAUGAUGUAAGAGAAUUUCUAAAAUUAGUUUUCUGAGAGAUAUUGAAACUCUUGAAGAAUUAGAAAAUAGAAAGUUGAAUUUGGAUAUAAAGGAGAGUAGAGGGAUUUCACAUUCUUAUAAUAAGAAUAAUACAUUAGAAAUUUAUAUAACGGAUGGAACAGACAAAAUAUUCAUUUUAGACUCAGACUUACUUCUGAAAUAAAUAAUUAAAGUUCAAUUUAAUAAUGGUUCUUCAGUGUAAAGCUUGAGUGAAAUCGAAUUUGCUAAUGAAGUUUUAUAUGCAAGCACUGAUUUAUAUCCUAUCAUUUUAGCAAUUAAUCUAACAGAUGGUUAUGUGUAUAUAUUUUAUCAGUAAUGUUUUUUAGGAAAAAUUAUUAUGAUUUUUCUUAACUAAUAGAUUUUUCAUUAGAUAAAGUUAUAAGUAGUUUUGUAUGUGGAAUAGCAUACAAAUAAGAAGACGAUCUGUAAAUAAUUAAAAAAAUACAUAUAGAUUUUGGAUAAGUGGAAAGAAUUGGCCAUUUUUUUGGGAAGUGGAAUUAAAUUGA